CGGAGCCCUCCUUCGUGAGUUAGUGCUCAGGCUGACUUCCUGCUCUUAGCUGUGGGCCAGAACACACAGUCUGGAAGCCUGUGAGGAGGAGACCCAGGGAUCAGAGCUCUCCCUCCUAAGUCCUGGCAGGAGUUGGAAGAGGAAAGGUAGCAGCUUUAGCAACAGAAUGUCCACAGAACAGGAGGACACAGAGAGGAUGCCCUUAGAACCUGUAUUCCUGCACUUCAAAAGAUUUAAAGUGGCAAUUUCACAAGCAAUCAAAAGGCCAUUUCCUUUUCUUGCAUUCCUACGUGACACUGAGCUCAUCUCUGAUAAAAUGUAUAAGGAUUUUCAAGAUUCCUGUACAAACCUGGUCCCUGUAGAACAAGUGGUCUACAGAGCCCUGGAAGAACUGGAGAAGAGACUUGAUGAGGUGGUUCUGAGGGUACUGUUCAGUGAAGAAAACGUGAGGGCAUACCCUGAUUUGGAAGACAUUAUCACAAACCUUCAAAAUGUCUCACAGAACAGAUUGUGUUCCCAAGGAAGUGACAGAGGAGACCCGAACCCCCCGCUAAAUUUUGAACAAGUUCUGGGUUUACCUGAAAAUGAGCUCUCAGAAGACCCCUUUGAAACAGUGCAGAUUAACCAAGUGAGAAGAGACACCACUGCUGACAACACUGAUGAACUGGAAAGGGACCAAGCAACCCCAGAUGCUGAGCCAGAGGAGUCCUGUGUACUAGAAGUCCAGCUGAGUAACAGUGAUGCACCCAUGGAGCCUCAUAGCCCGUUGCUCUGGAAUGAAGAAAGUAACUAUUGCUUACCUUCCUGGCUCUGUUUUUCAGAUGCUCUGUAUGUGUUUGGUAGAGCUUUACUUUGUUUGUUUAAAAAACAUCUUAACCAUUUUUAAAAUUGA